CUCUUUCUUAUUAUAGAAGCCCAUUUCUCUGAAACUCGAAGCUCACCAGACGGCGUUAUUCUUUCCACGACAAGCUUGUUCUGCCGUCAUCACUGUCUUGAUAACAAACCUAUCAUCGUGCUUCCCUUACGGCCCGCCGUCGAUGAUCUUUGUGUUGCCAAUUUUCAGCGAUUGUCUUGUGUUUUCCAUCACUCACCAUUGAUUUUGGCGGUGGCAGCUUUCUCUGGUCAGUCAGUGUGCUUUCGGUUUUUUACUCCUGAAACUCUAAUCUUGCUGGAGCGAGCUUGAAGAUCCAUCUUCUCCAGUAUCCCUUUGUCAAAUAGUUUGUCUUGUCAUUGACGUUGGUUCUUCAGUGUGACAAACUUCCUUCGCCUCCGCCGCCACGUGACCUCUCCUUGAUUGUGAAUUCUUCCACCGAUACUGUAAGUCACUAAAAUCAGUCACUUUGCGCUCUUACCACAAACUAUCAUCAUUUUUUCGUUGACGGUGGUUAUCCAUUAUUAUCUCAAGUGAUUUCUUUAUUUUCCAGUGGGCUCAUAAUGGUAUUAUUUUCGAUUAUUGUAGUGGGCUUGCUUUGUUGGAGUCCCUUGUUGUCGUGCACCUUUUGAUUUUUGGCACCGUGAGUACUUGAACCCAUAUCUUUGCUUUAGGUUCUCGCCAUUGUUGAUUGUCACUUUUGUCUUAGUCAUUUGAUAAUUUCUGGGCUCUACUGGGUACUGUACAUUUGACAUAUGAGUUGUCCACCAUUUAAUGCCAUAACACCAAAGUUUGAGGUAAACCAUGGGUAAAUUUAGGAAUCUAGUGAACACACCGUCUAAACUAGCCCUCUUCCGCAAGAAGUAUCAUAUUCCCGAAUAUGUUACACUAGUGUUAGGGGGGUUAAACACACUUCGAACUCUAACCAAUGACACUGUGCCUUUUCCUGUAGGAGCCAUCGUAGAAGGGGGAGUUCGGUUCCCCUUGGACCUUUUGUGGCUCAAAAUCUUCUAUUACUUCAAACUCCACCCCAUGGAGAUAGCCAUGAAUACUUUUAGGGUUGUAAGUGGCUUCUUAGCCCUUAACAAAUUGCUUGGCCAUAAUUUAGGAGUAUGGGACAUACUUCAUUGUUACAACCUUUCUCACCACCCAGGUGGCACCUUCUGCCUUAGAGUUCGGUCCGAUGUCCCUUAAAUGAUCUUAGACCUUCUUGGUUCUGAUAAGCAUUCGAAAGAUUUCUUCACGGCAGAACGGAACUUCGAGUAUCUUGCCGGUGUAGAGGACCGACCAACGCGAAUAUGUCGUGAAGGUGGUGGUCCAGGUGAUUCCCGGACGAGGAGGCGGACUACCAAAGAACAUCUGGCCAACCUUGAGAUUGCCUUUGCCUACCCCUAUCGAUUUGUAACAAAACUGCUUAAUUACAAGGCCACUUACAAGCACAAGCUUAAUGAGAGGAAGGUUCGUGUAAUUAACUACUUUAGGAAGUCUCCAGAGAGGUCGUUGGAGCAGCAAGCUUGUGAUAACACUGGUGUUUCUACUUCCGCCACUGCUUGGUCAUCAAGUGGAACUACGAGUGAGGGCCCUUGUCACGACGACCAAGAAGGCAUGACUCGCCGAAAGCUUGACCUUGCAGCUCUUUCUUACGGCACAGAUCCUGUUCCUAAAGUAGCUACUGUGACCGUUCGGCCUGCUGACCAAAGAGUCUUGGUUCCAAAACAGUCCGUACAGACUUCCAAGGAAGUUCAUUCUCCUACUCCACAUAGUACAACACAUACUGAAGAACUGAGGGGCUCCAAGAGAAAGAGGAGUAAAGGAAAGGACGUUGUAGAGGGCUCUGACGAGAAAACUUUGGCUGAGGAGUGGCUAUCUCCCUUAGAGUAUAAAAGUUGGCCUAUCACUGUGGCUAACAGCGUGACAGAUUCUUGUGAUUUGGCAUUCUAUCUGUCCAAGACAUUACUCCUACCCCUGGACAUGGUCGAGUGUAAUGUAGAUUCUGAAUCUCUACUCAAAGGAUCUAUUUAAAUGGUGACCGCAUUGGUACAGCGACUUCAUGUUCUGGAGCAAGUAACAGACUUCAACCGAACUACGCAGUUAUUAUCUGAUGCCGACCUUGCUCUGAAGUCAGCCGAAGCAGAACGGAUAAAGGCCGAAGAGGAGGCUGCCACUGCUAGGGUGUCAGCCCUUGCUAAGGAGAAAGCGUUGUUGGAGAUUAAGAAAAUUGCUAUGGUGGCUCUGGCUGCCAAUAAAGAGGUCGAACAGAGAAAGCUAAAGUGGAGGCCGAGCUGGAGGCAAUGAAGGCCAACCAAGCUAAACUUAUUGAAGAGGCCAUCCAGAAGGGUUGGGAUGAGACUGAAGCAGAUUAUACCCAACAAGUGCUGGAACUGAGGGAUGGCUUAUUUGCCAAGGGUUGGACAAGGGACCUUCGUGCUGUUGGAACUGAGGAGACUUCUACUUUCUUCAAGGACAUCCCUGUUCCAUCUAAGACUGUUACUGCAAGGGCUACUAAAGCAAAUGAGACAUUAGUGGCUGAGACUUCGGAGGCCACCAUUUCUGUUUCCUCUCUUCGACUGUUGAGCGUUAUUUCUGAAUGAGCAAGAGUAGCCUUGUAAUGAGGCUUGAAAGCCCUUUACUUAUUUUCUGCA